AUGAUAUUAAGGAAUUCAGCUUUGCGGCACGGCCGACUGGCUUUUGCCGCGCCAGUAAGGCGAUCAUGUCUACAGCAAGCAGCUCUCUCGACCGGCGACAAAAGACCGCCCCUGCGAACGACAUUCGCUGAACCCCCUCCACCUCCUGCCUCAGAAGAUAUUCCUCAUAACAGACCGGCAGCAAGAACUUCGCCGUCGUCGAGCCAGCCCGCCGCCGAAGCCUCAGAAGAACCCGAAACCGCCAACUCCCACACGGCACCAGGUCACAAGCCCCGAGCUGGCUAUGGCCUCAAGCCGACCGUCGCCGUCGACCAGUCCAUAGCCCGGAACCACCGCAAGUUUACUAAGGUACAGGACGCGAUCGGCAACGUGGGCUCCGUGGUGCAAGAGCGGUUUGACCCGUCGUCACUGCUACGCGACCCGCCGCGGCCCGAGGACGUGACGCUGGAGCUGCUCAUGUCGUCGCAGACGCACAUGGGCCACCACACGAGCCUGUGGAACCCAGCGAACCAGCGGUACAUCUACGGCGCGCGGGCGGGCAUCCACAUCAUCAGCCUGGAGGAGACGGCGGCAGCGCUGCGGCGCGCGGCGCGCGUCGUCGAGGAGGUGGCGUACCUGGGCGGGCUGAUGCUGUUCGUCGGCAACCGCAAGGGCCAGAUGGAGGUGACGGCGCGCGCGGCCGAGCUGGCCGGCGCCUGCCACCUCUUCAGCCGCUGGGUGCCCGGCACCAUCACCAACCGCGACCAGAUCCUCGGCCGCGGCGGCAUCCACGUCGUCGACGAGCAGGACCGCCCGCUCGCCGGCUUCGACAAACACCUCACCGAGCGGCGCCCGCUGCUGCCCGACCUCGUUGUCAUGCUCAACCCCCUCGAGAACUACACCAUGCUGCAGGAGUGCGCCCAGGAGAACAUCCCCACCAUCGGCCUGAUCGACACGGACGCCGAUCCGACGCAGGUCACGUAUGUGAUCCCCGGCAACGAUGACAGUCUUCGAUCCGUGAGCGUUAUCGCCGGCGUCCUGGGCCGAGCAGGCGAGCGCGGCCAGGAGCGGCGCAAGGCGGAUGCCGCCAGGGGCGUCUGCACAUGGAGGAACCCGCCCGACAUCGAAAAGUGGAUGAAUGACGAGAAGAAGAACAGGGCCAGUGUGGCGGAGGCCGAGAUCGAAGCGGCGAGAGCGGAGGCCCAGGGAAACAGCCGCAGUCGUUCGAUUUACUAG